CUCUGGCGGAUCCCGACCCCAAUUCCAAUCCCAAUCCCAAUUUGGAGCAGAAUCAACAAGGAGUGAUGACUAGAAUCAACAGAACCUUGACGACGAUGUUGGUGGCUAAUUCCGACGUUUCUUCAUCGAUUCUGCCUCGUCCUCCGUUAGUUCCCAACUCGAUCGAAACCUUAGAUGAAAAUGAGAACGAGUCUUCUUCGCAAACCCCGUCGAUUGAUGCAAAUGUUGUGAAUCUUCAGUCGUUGGCUCUUACGUCUCCGGAUAGUGAUCGCGAUAAUCAUCAUUCGCCUCCGAGCCUAGAGGAGUAUACAUCUCCGUCAUCGGACGAACUCGUUCCUUCUCCGAUCGAUUUGGAUCACGAUGAGUUCGGUAGUGAGUCUGAACGCAUGGUAGAGUCUCAGGUUCGAAUCCGGAGUACUUCGCAAGCUGUUGACGAUGUUAUCUUGGACGGCUGCUCGUCUGAUGAUCCACGGGAGAGUAACCGAGAUUGGACGCCUGGUUAUGGAAGUGAUGAUGAAAACUCUAAGAAGGGAUGUAGCGAAACCUUGUUGUCAGGAUUCACGCUAAAACCUCUGAAGAUCGAUGAGCCGGUUACUGGUGUUGGUGCUGGGCUUUGGAAUUUAGGCAACACUUGUUUUCUUAAUUCGGUGCUGCAGUGUUUCACUCAUACUGUGCCACUUCUCAAGAGCCUUCGUUCAUACAAAUAUCAAGUUCCCUGUAACUGUGGUAAUCCCUUCUUCUGUGUUUUAAGGGCUCUUCGAACUCACAUUGAAUUUGCACUGAGGCCUGAAAGAACGCCAAUGGCUCCGGAAUGUUUUCUUCACUAUCUUAAUUACUUUUCGCCUGGAUUCCAGCGUUAUCAACAAGAAGACGCUCAUGAGUUUCUCCAAGCAUUUUUGGAUAAGUUGGAGAGAUGUUGUUUGGAUCAAAGAAGUUAUCGCCAGUAUGUCUCUUCUCAAGAUGUCAACAUUGUUGAUCAGGUCUUUGGUGGUCGUCUUAUUAGUGGGCUCCGUUGCUGCAACUGCAACUUCGUCUCUGAGACAUUUGAAAAGUCUGUUGGGUUGAGUUUGGAAAUUGAAGACAUGGAUACCCUUGAGGAUGCACUGGAAUCCUUUACCUGUGUGGAAAAGCUUGAUGAGCAAUUGACCUGUGAUAACUGUAAUGAAAAAGUUUCAAAGGAGAAGCAACUCUUGCUUGAUCAGCUUCCUCUGGUUGUCACAUUCCAUCUAAAGAGAUUCAAGAAUAAUGGAUUGUUUAUGGAAAAGAUCGUCAAGCAUCUCAAGAUCCCAUUGGAGUUAGACUUGCAGCCAUAUAUGAGGAAUAUCCAGGAAAAAGACGCUCCUACAACAUACCAUCUUUAUGCUGUUGUGGAGCAUCUCGGGUGUACAUUAGCUCAAGGACAUUACUCGUCUUAUGUGAGGUCUGCUCCCAAGAUAUGGCAUCAAUUUGAUGACGCCAAGGUCACUAGAGUCGAUGAAGAUAGUGUGCUGUCACAGGAUUCCUAUAUUCUUUUUUAUGCACAAGAAGGAACUCCCUGGUUUUCUAGCAUCGCUGAAGAUAUGCAGCCAUUGCUUCCAUUGCUUGAAGCGAGUUUACUGAAUUCUUCGCCAAAGUCUGUGCUUGAUUCUACUAACAGGGAGUGUUUAUCAGAGAUCAUGUAUGAGAAUGUCGAUAAAACCAGCAAACCCUGUGAACCAGCGGGAGUGUCUAACCAAGAUGUCAAGACAAAAGAAGAUUUUGUAUCCCUCCCUAACGAGCUAACUGGAGAUUUGUUUCUAUCAGCAGAGUCUUCUAGUGAUGAGGACCCGCUUGAGACUGAUGAUUCUUACAAUCCAUGGGCUGUGAAAGAACCAGAUUGUGAUUUAUAUGAGAUGCUGCUACUUAUGGCUGAUCCCGAUACCAAUUUGGAGCAGAAUCAACGAGGAGCGAUGACUAGAAUCAACAAGGUAAGUUCAGAUUCUUGGAUAAGGGUUCCGUUGUUUUAA